GAAGAGUUGACAAGGAGGAACAUUAACUGGGUCACUGAGUUGGCUGGAUCUGGACAUAGUCAAUUUUUUCUCACUAACAGAGGUGAUGUCACCUUUCAUAUUAACAGACAUAGAGUGCCACCAGGAAGUCCUGUAACUGUCUAUGUACUGGAAUAUACUUAUUAUUUCAGACUUCCUGGUGCUCAUCACCAUCAUCUCCAUCAUUCUCCAUCUUCCCCUACUCCACCAUCUCCACCACCCAGUUGUAUAAUCCACCAGCUUGUUAAG